GUGUGGAUUAGAGCAGUAGAAGUUUAGCGGAGCGGCUGGAGGAGAAACUGCAGCAGAGGAUCAGCAGAUUUACAGCUUUAACCGCACCUCCAGGAAGCGUCCGAGAGAUCAGCUGAAAUACCAACACUCACACAGUCACUGCUCCAUCCUGCCCUGAGCUGCUGACCACUCCGUCCUCCAGCGCUCCGGCUCCAUAUUCCACACUGCAGAGAGAGAGAUAACCGCAGAGAUAAUGCAGCGCAUCACCUCGUUCCUCGUUCUGCUGAUGUUCCUCAGCACCACGGCCUCAGAUUCGGCCUCCAUAUGCACAACAAAAGGGAUUUACGGAUCCGAAACCGAGGACAUUACUGUAGAGGACAUAACGGAGGGCUGCUGGACGAGCUUCCAAACGAAGGACAAGAAAGAAGUGCACAUCAUCAACCUGCAGAUCUCACAGCCGCUUGAACAUGCCAUGCUGAGCUUAAUUUCAGAAGUUCCAGCCAUCGUGAUCUUCACCAGUACAUGUAAGAACAGGAUGUACGGAAACGUCGGCAAGCCUGAGUCAAGCCUGAGCCUUUACGUAACUGAGGGAACCUCUCUGAGCUUCCCAAUGAGAAACCAUUCCAGCGCCCCCAGUUUAAAAGGCAGUGAGCUGGUGAAGUGGGCGAAGCAGGAGUUUGGAGGAGUAACCUCGUUUACCACAGUACAGGAUCCAAUAACCGUCAAACUCACACAGACCAAAGGGACGUCACUGCCUUCAACCUGUGAGCUGAAGAAGGGAUCUCAGAAGAAGAACGCCGCAGUUCAAGUAGAGUCUGAAGAGAAAGCAGUGCAGUUCUGCUCGACCGGGAGUCCUCUGGACGAGCUGCACAUUAUCAAUAUUCCUGAUCAGUUUAAUGUCGGUGAGGUCACAGUGGAGGUGGAGCCUUCAGACGUCAGACUGGUGUUGAGGGGUCCUGCUGGAACUCAAUGGAAGGUCAAAGCUAACAACGCCAAUCUAUUGUCCAAUAAUCAGGCCCAGAUUAACGGAUUGAACGUUCCAUCGAGAAGGAACAUCUCGGACGCGGUGAGCAACAUCCUGCAGCAGGUUCUCUUAACCUACAGCGAUAAAUCCAUCAGCAGCUACACCGAGAUCCACCUCAACAGCCCCGCCCUCAAACUGAGGAUUAAACAGCGGCAGACCCCCACAGUUACAGAACAAGCUUCAGAGCUGAGUACGACUUCUCGUCCAUCUGCUGUGGAUAUGCAGCUCUUCACCUCCUCAGACUACUCAUCCUCACUGGACCCCAGCACCAAAGUUCAGCCCAACAAGAGGAUCUACGCCGAGGUGUUCUCCAGUGUGUUUACCGGGGGGUGGGUUCUGACUAUCCGAGUGAAGGAGUGCUCAGUGCGCUCUAAAGGUCUUCAGCCGCUGGUGAGGAAAUUACCCAUAAAGCCGGAGUCCUGCCGCCCCACAGGCUGCCACAACAACGCCCGCUUCAGCUUCAGCUUCGACUCGCUGCAGGACCCGCCCUCCAACUCCAACAGCUGGGAUCUGGAGUGCAACAUCAUCUUCUGCCACGACCAAGGAGGGUACUGUUCAGUGCCUCAACCGGUGAAGACGAGCCUGCAGGUCACCCACUCCUACACUCCACCACAAAAUACGUGCUUUCAGUUCGGCCUGCCGUCGGUUCUGGGCAUCGCGUUCGGAGGAUUUCUGAUCGGGGUUCUGCUCAUCGGCGCCCUCUGGUUCAUCAAGAUCCGAACAGGAUAUCCUGCUGCUCUGGGUAUAGGCUCUACAGGGACCCUCCUCUCAGGAUGUCCCUGUACUCUGAACAAGCGCCAGCCGGUGCCAACUAACCCCUCACCCUCUGAGAACAGCAGUGCCAACGGCAGCAUGGGCAGCACCCAGAGCACACCCACCAGCAGCAUGGCCUGAUCUGAGCCGUACCACCAAGCCUGCUGUCUCUGCCCUGCUGUUUCGUCCUUAUCGCCCUUGUCCCCCUUGUCCCCCUCGUCCCCUUUGUCCUCUUCAACCUCCCCAACCUCCUCAACCUCCUCGUCCUCGUAUCUCUCGACCAGAACACUGUAGCACCUGUGGAUUGGGUUCAGGGUUUUGGGGGGCAGCAGGGGGUUAACCUGAACCGAGACGUUUAACUCCCGCCUCUCCAGCCACCCAGCAACAGGAAGUCAGCAGGGAAAAAAAAAAAGAAAAGGCUCCCGAGACAGGAAAAACAAAGCAUAUCUCCCAAGAACUAACAGGAAAUUCGCCGCAUUCUUCGCAACAGAUUGCGCCUCUCGGACGGAGGCACAAUAAGAUUCCACGACUUCAAGGUCGACUCAGGGGAGCCUUAAAACGAUGGACCGUUCGUUUCGCCCCUCUGUCACCGUCCAAUUACAGCCCGGCCAAUCAGCCUGAGCCUUGCACAUGCAGGGGGCGGCCCACCCCGAGACCACCCGUCCAUUCAAAAAGGGUUAAACAGCCCAGCGUUGAAGAGUCCACCAAUAAACCAAUAAACAGAGUUUUUAGUGCAUGGUUUUGUAAAACUACAUUAAAGAAUGGCUGCCCCUCAAACACUUAAGGAAAACUUUGGGAAAAGGCUACCUCUUAAUUUAUGUAGGCAAAAAAAAGUAGUUGUUCCUUUUCUUACCGUUUUUCUGUGAAAUGCAUCAUAUUUGAAAUCAUAUUUUGCUACAGGAAUAUGUAUCGUGCCGUUUUUUUUUUUUUUUUUUUGAUGCAUUGCAUUGUGCAAACGUCUGAAAGAACCCUUAAUUUACUGUAUGAAAUUUCCAGUCAAAACAGCUGUCAAAAAAGUAAAUCUGUUAAACAUGGUGGUGGGAGUAUUCUUACAUAUGGAGCUAGAUCAUUCCAUAGAGCAUUCCAUCCUGGCCAAGAUCAAAAGCAUCCAACAUCAUCUGUUAAACAUGGUGGUGGGAGUAUUCCUAAAUAUGUAGCUAGAUAAUUCCUUAAAUCCUGGCGAAGAUCAAAAGCAUCCCACCUUAUCUGAUAAACAUGGUGGUGGGAGUGUUAUGAAAUCUAUAGGUAUAAUGUAUCAUAUCUUCUGGCCAAGAUCAAAAGCAUACCAAAGAAGUCAAUCUGCUAAACAUGGUGGUGGGAGUGUUCUUAAAUCUGCUGGUAGAUAUUUCCACCCAUUCUUCCCAAGAUCAAAAGCAUCCCACCUCAUCUGUUAAACAUGGUGGUGGGAGUGUUCUGAAAUCUACUGGUAGAUCAUUUCAUUGGUUAAUAUUUAAACCAUUCCACCUCAUAUGUUAAACAUGGUGGUGGGAGUCUUCUGAAAUGUAUAGAAAGAUCUUUUCAUACUUCCAGGUCAGUAUUCAAACCAUUCCACCAAGUAAAUCUGUUAAACGUGGUGGUGGGAGUGUUCUUAAAUCUGCUAAUAGAGCUUUCUACAACUCCUACUCAAGAUCCAAUGCAUACCAAAGAAGUCAAUCUGUUAAACAUGGUGGUGGGAGUAUUAUGACAUCCACUGGUAGAUCUUUUCAUUGGUCAAUACUUAAACCAUUUUACCUCGUCUGUUAAACAUGGUGGAGGGAGUAUUCUGAAAUCUACAGGUAGAUCAUAUUAUAUCUCCUGCAUACCAAAUAUGUCAAUCUGUUAAACAUGGUGGUGGGAGUAUUCUUAAAUAUGUAGCUAGAUAAUUCCUUACAUCCUGGCCAAGAUCAAAAGCAUUCCACCUUAUCUGUUAAACAUGGUGGUGGGAGUAUUCUUAACACGUGCAUCAAGAUCAUCAACAUCAACAGUGGUGGUGGUUCAUCAGGUCUUGCAGAAGGUUGCUAGGGCCUUGCCACGUAAUUUUAAAUAUAUAUAUAUACUGUAAAAUUUUAGUUUUAGAAGUGGAUUGUCAAUUAUUUUUAUAGAUAUCAGUUUUGAACGGUUUUGAUUAGAAAUAUAGAAAUAAAUGAAGGGUUCUCUCAGAUUUAUACUGUAAAUUACUGUACAGUCUGACUCAGAAACAGAUAUACAUGUUUUAAAUCUAAUUAAAAGAAAAAAAAAAUGUUAAAUGUUUUUAUCUCAAUUUUAUGUGCUUAUUCUGUAUCAUAUGGUCAGUUAUCAUAGUCUAUUGUUUUAAAUUACAUCUGUUUAGCAUGGAUGGAUUGAUAGAUGGAUGGAUGGAUAGAUUUCCACACAUAACAGACAGCAAUAACAAAAUUGCAAUGCAAAAAUAUAUUAAAAAAAUAUAUUAACUUUAAUAACUUUAAUAUAACAGAAAUCAAUGAUUUAACAUGUAACAAUAAUAAUAAUGAUAAUAAUGCCCCCUUGGUGUCCAGGAUUCGAGUCAAAUACAUAAAAAGGUUAGAUUUUUUGUUUUUAAAGCAGCAAAAACAAUGUAAAAUUAAGUUUUAAGCCUAAAAUUGUCUGCAUUGUGAAAAUACUAAAAAAUAUAAAUUGUACAGCUAGUAUAGUAUUUCCAUUUUCAAAUAAAGAAUUUCUACAAAUAUUUACCUUAAUAUUUCAAGUAUUUUUAAAGUUUUAGUGAAACAAAAAAAUUGCAGUGAAUUUUGAGUGCUUUAUAGUCUCUAAAUGCAUAAAAAAAAUAUAUAUAUAUAUAUAUAUAUAAAUUUUUUCCCAUUAAAACUGACCAUAUAGUACAGAUAUAAAACUCAGAGAUUAGGAUAAAAUACAUUAUACUAUUACUUUAAGGUUUUUGGAAUCAAAAAUGAAAAAACAUUCAUAUAAAAAUUUAGAUGAUCAGUCCUCCUGGUGAUUGUGUAAUUUUUUGCUAUGUCCAGAUUAGCCGUAAUUGCUAUAAUCCUCCUAUGUAUGUUUAUAAUGUUUAUAAUAGUAAGCCGGACUUCGUUAUGUAAAUGACUGUACGCGGUUGCACCGCACCAGUGAACCCAGUAUAAACUGUGUGUAUAAAUGUAAAAUGUGUUCUUUAAUUUUUUUGGAAAUUUUCUUGUGACCUUUAUAAAUAUUUUGCUUUUAUGAAAUAUGCUUUAAAAAUGAGAAAUAAAUCAUCUGUGUUAAUUAAUCAACUCUAAUAAACGUUUCCUCACUGUUGUAAGAAAACCUCGAAAAUUCAAUUAAAAAUUAUUUAAAAAUAAAUAAAAUAAUUCUAUCUUUAUUUUAAUUUAGAUGUAGUUUGAGGAUGACACAUAUUUUUGUAGUAUAGCUGAAGUUUUUAAUUUAGAAAGAAAUUAAAAAAAAUAAUAAUAAUAUUUGAUCCAAAGUAGAGGAACAUAUGAGCAAAUAAAACAAAGGGAAAACGUAAAUCUGUUAAACAUGGUGGUGGGAGUAAAUCUGAGAAAAUUACAAAUAUAACAAAAGAAAAGGGAAAAAAAUUAAAAAAGACAAAAUUAAGAAAGCCUAAAUUGAGCAAAUUGAUUUUUUUUGGUGAAAUAAGUGAAGAAAAAAAAUAGAAAUAAAAAAACUAAAGGAAAUAAAUAAAAGUUAGGACACAAAAAGUUAGAGAUGUUAUGAUUAUAUAAAAGUAUGAAUACACAAAUUAUUAAUUUUGUAAAAUGACUUUUAAACUUUAUAAUGAAGCAUAAAAUGAAAGUCAGAUUAAUUAAAUACAAAAGAGAUUUUUUAAAUCAAUUUUAAAUAAAAAAGGGAAAUUUCCGUUAUUUUUAGUAACUUAAAAAAAAAAACUUUAAUGGGGUUUUUCAUGUGAAUUAAGUACUUUAUGAGGCCAAAAAAAUAUGUUUCUAUAUAUUUUCUAAAUAAACACUUUUUAGCACAUUAAAUAUAUAUAUAUUUUUUUGUACUGGUUCAUUAAUGUUUUAAUAAACAUGUAAAGGCAACUGCUGUUAAAAAAUGUUAAAAAUGUAAAGAAAAUUUUUAAAAAAAUGUUUAAAAAAUGUGAGGUUCUCUUACAACAGUGAUGAUAUGUGAUUGUGAUUGAGCUUGUUAUUAUACUGUAUUUUAUUUUUUGUAUUUUUUCCUUUUUGAUUACAGCUUUAUAAAUACUGAUCAGGGAAUUGAUCGGUUUCCUUAAAAGCAUUUUUAAAAUCUGCUUUUAGAUAAAAAACCAAACCCAGAUCUGUUAAACCAAGUAACCUAAACCAAGUAUCUCCUCAUCGUGUAGCGUUAUAGCAAUAAUUAAGAGAUUAUUUGUGAAUUUUAUGACAAUUUUUUGAAGAACAUUUUUUUGGUCUAAUUUUAUAUUAAGUGUCUGUAAUAACUGUGUAGUUACAUGUUAAUAAUAUGUGUAAUAACAGCAUAAAUACUGAAUUAGAGAUAAUUACAUUAAUUACAGUAGUGCAAGAUGAGUUUUUGUGUAAUUACACGUGUAUCAAUUUCAAUUUUGAUUUAUUAUCCAAUUACAUAAUAAAAAACAGGUAAAACAGCAACAUACAGUUAUUCUCGGCUUAUAACACAUUUAUAAACUAUAAUAUAUAAUAAUACAAUACAUUUUACAAAUAUUGAGAUAUAUGUUUGUGUAAUUAUGUAAGUAGAAAAAAUAUUAACAAACAGUUGCUACAGAAAACAAGAAAACAGUAGUGAUAUUGUUAUUACACUGAUUAUUAAUGUGUAAUAAUGCAGUUAUUAACAGACACAUUCUAUAAAUUGGGACUAUAUGUUUCUUUCAAUAUUUUAUUUUUAUUUUUUGUGUAUAGCUGUGUAUAAAAUUGUAUUCAGAAGGUCAAAAAAAUGUGUUUUAUCAUGAUUUUGGAGAAAAAAAUGCCACUUGAGCAUGUGUGCAAUACUCUGUUUUACUGUUUUUAUCUUUAUUUUGGUCACAAAAAUCUUUAUGUAUGUUUUUAUUUUUACGUUGGCUUUGAUCGAUCCAUAUCAUAUCAGUUUUUUGUAUUUUAUAUCUGAUUUCUGAACAGUGUUUUUCUCUGGAGCAUCCCAAGUAAAAUCACCAGUGUUUAAUUAACCCAUUUAAAGUGUAAUAAAUAUAUACAGCUCUGGAAAAAAAAUAAGAA